AUGCAUUCGUAUGUAGUAAACCCUAAAACUCAAACCCAGAUAUCAAAUAACACAAGCCACAAAGCCGUAACAGUACACGAUUUCGAGACGGCCAUAGAUCGAGUAGUCGGUGGAGUUGAGAAGAAGGCUAUGGUUAUGGACCCGAAAGAGAAGGAGGUCAUCGCACACCACGAGGCAGGCCAUGCUGUACUGGGAUGGGUGUUGGAACACACCGAGACAAUCCUCAAG